GGCUGUCGUCAUCAAUGUCUUGGCCAAUAAGAGGCAGCGGCGGCGUAUUCGAACGGAGAGCUGGAGACGCCACUGUGGUUUUGUUCUGUUGGUUGGUGACAGUCUGCCUCCUGCCUGGAUCCACAGCUGUUCCUCUAGGCAGGCAAGGAUCUCAGAUUUUUAAAAAAUCUUCACAGGACUGGACUUCUUACGGACUUAACUUCCAACAGUGUUGUGACUAUCAUGUCGUGACAUAUUUUGUAUCAUAGAGAAAAUAACAGCCAACUGUGUCAUUCAGGAAAAAAACUUUACCAAGACAAUUUGAUUUCUGUUACUUCUGCUUGCUUUAUGCCUCAAUGCCUAUCUAUAAAGUUCCAAACAUAAGCCAUAUUAGGACUCUUAGCAGUUCUUCACAACAGCAUCUGCCAGAAAAUGCGUAUAUUAGAGACAGAUUUGGAGAACAACCUACACCAGAUGUGUCAGAAAAUGAGAGGGAGAACUCACUGUCCCAGUCCCUGAAUAAGACUAAAGAAAGAAAUCGGACCUAUGUGCUUUCGGCUUGUAACAUGCUGGCGAGUGCCUCCCCUGCCCUUAAAAAUGGAGGCAAGUUGACCCUCCAGAGAAGAACUGCUACAAGCAAAGAACAAUCCAGUAUAAAUGCAACAUGUGAUGGGGAAAACACACAGACAGAAAAAAAAUUGACCCUGCAGUGCCGUCAGAGGAUUGGAUCAACGGAGAUUCCCAAAACAAACAAUGCCAAUGAAGCGAGAAGAGGAAACACUGCACUUUUAUCACAGAAAAACAACACAACUUUGUUUCCAGCAAAAAGGAAUAGCAAUGAUCCUCCACUUGUUAAGACUGGUCCUCAGUCACUUACACCCUGCAGGGAUGUAAAGCUAAAUCCCAGUAUGAAAAAUAAUGUGUCUUUGGAUCAGAUCGGUUCAAACAGCUAUAGGAGCUACACACCUCUGAAACACAGGACAGUAAGUACUGAGAGUGAAAAUGUUCCUCGAUCCUCACUUUUAUUUCCAGCAAAAUCUGAUACGACAUCUGCUGUUAAAUCUAUGGGAGAAAAGAAUUUCCGUAAGGAAAAUGGAAUAGUAAAUGUGCAAGAUGGCAAUCCUAAAAAUAAAAAUGUGGAAAGGCUGAAAACACCAAGAAAAGGAAUGACAGAUGGCCCUAAAUUUACCCCCAAAUGCAUGCCUGUUCAACAUGCUCAGACUUCUACUAUCUCCACUGUGAGAAAUAAGACAUUGUGCUCUGAAACAACAUCAUAUGCUCAAAGUAUUAAAAAUGGAAGGGUGCAAGAAAAUACCAGAUCUAUCCAGCAAAUGUUUGUGCUGCAAGACGAUACUCCAAAGCAGGACACGUGCAUUAAAGACGACCCCUUUAAAAUUGAAAAUAGUAAAGUGACUGUGGCUGUGAGAGUCCGCCCCUUCAGCGGCAGAGAGAGAAAUGAAGAAAGGUUCCAGAUCAUUUCCAUGGCUGGCCAAGAGACUGUUGUAAACCAUCCAAACACAAAACAAACCUACAGUUUCAGCUUUGAUUUUUCAUUCUGGUCUUUCGACAAGAGCCCUAACUUUGCAGGCCAAGAGAUGGUCUAUCGAUCCUUGGCAAUUCCUCUCUUGGAAAGGGCUUUUGAAGGAUACAACACCUGCCUCUUUGCAUAUGGACAGACUGGUUCUGGAAAGUCAUACACUAUGAUGGGCUUUGAUAACGAUGAGCGAGGAAUAAUACCGAGAUUCUGCGAAGAUCUCUUUAAACGAAUAGAAGAAGCAGAAACCCAACAGAUUGCUUAUCAUCUUGAAAUGAGUUAUUUCGAAGUUUAUAAUGAAAAAAUUCAUGACUUGCUCAUCUUCAGACGGGAAACUGGACAGAAGAAAGACCCUCUUCGUGUGAGAGAACAUCCAGUCUUUGGGCCAUAUGUGGAAGACCUGACAGUGAAUGUUGUUACUUCUUAUUCAGAUAUUCAGAGCUGGCUCCAGUUAGGAAAUAAACACAGAGCGACUGCGGCCACAGGCAUGAACGACAAGAGUUCUCGGUCUCAUUCUGUUUUCACCCUGGUGAUGACACAAACAAAGACAGAUAUUGUGGAAAAGGAGGAACAUGAACAUAGAAUUAUCAGUCGUGUUAAUCUAGUAGACCUCGCAGGUAGCGAACGCUGCUCUGCAGCUCGGACUAGUGGAGAAAGAUUGAAGGAAGGCGUGAGUAUAAACAAAUCCCUUUUAACUCUGGGGAAAGUUAUUUCUGCCCUUUCAGAGCAAAAUCAGAACAAGAAGAAGGUAUUCAUUCCAUAUCGUGAAUCUGUCCUUACAUGGCUGUUAAAAGAAAGCCUUGGUGGAAAUUCGAAAACAACUAUGAUUGCCACAGUAAGCCCUGCUGCUAGAAAUGUAGAGGAAACUCUUAGUACUCUUCGUUAUGCUCAGCAAGCUUGUUACAUAGUCAACAUUGCCAAAGUAAAUGAGGACAUCAAUGCUAAGUUAAUUCAAGACUUGAAAGCGGAAAUUGAGAAACUGAAAUUGGCUCAAAAGAAUCUUCAGAAUAUUGAUCCUGAAAAGCAGAGAGUUUAUGUUCAAGAAAUAACAUCGCUAAGAAUGAAACUGCACCACCAAGAAAAAGAGAUGGCUGAGAUGCAAAGAGCUUGGAAAGAAAAACUUGAGCAAGCAGAGAAGAAGAAGUUUGAGGAAACAAUGGAGUUACAGAAAGCAGGUAUUACGUUCAAGGUAGACAACAGUUUGCCUAACUUGGUCAAUCUCAAUGAAGAUCCCCAACUCUCUGAGAUGUUGCUUUACAUGAUUAAGGAAGGACAAACGACGGUUGGAAGAUGCAAGCCAAAUUCACGCCAUGAUAUUCAGCUCUCUGGCAUCUUAAUUGCUGAUGACCAUUGCAUUAUCAAACAUGUGGAUGGUGCUGUGAGUAUCAUCCCACUAGAAGAUGCAAAGACGUAUGUUAAUGGGAAAUGCAUUUUGGGCCCUACAAAUCUACAUCACGGUGACCGGAUCAUUCUUGGAGGUGACCAUUACUUUAGGUUUAAUCAUCCAGUAGAAGUUCAGAAAACAAAAAGUCAAUCUUGUGGGGUUGGUCUCCAUGAGGAUGGUCAAAAGGGCUUUGAAUUUGCAAAAAACGAAUUGCUGGCUGCACAAAGGGCUCAGCUUGAAUCUGAAAUAGAAGAAGCAAGGGUGAAAGCUAAGGAAGAAAUGAUACAAGGAAUCCAAAUUGCAAAGGAAAUGGCCCAGGAAGAACUUUGUUCUCAGCAGAAAAAUUAUGAGAGCCGGAUAAAAUCAUUAGAAGCUCAGUUGAAAGAAGAAUCCCAUAGGAAACAACUGCAGGAAAUGAAUAAUCAAAUGACUGCAAAUAAAAUUCAAGAAUUGGAGAAAGCCAAGCGAGGCCUUGAGCUAGAAGUUCACUUCAACAAGAAGCGCUUGGAAAUGGAAACGUUGGCUGCCAAAGAGGUUUUAGAAGAUCACACAAUCCGUCAUGCCAAGAUACUUGAAGCUCUGGAGGCCGAGAAGCAGAAAAUUGCUCAGGAAGUGCAAACUCUUCAACAAAAUCGGGGAAAUAGGAAGAAAGAGCCGAACUGGAAUUCUUUGAAACUAUCCAUGAUGAUUAAAGAGGCCAAUGCUAUUAGUAGUAAAUUGGAAAAUCACACUGUGUUUUGCAGACAUGAUGCAACAGAUAAAGAAAAUGGCACUGGCCCUUGUGUGCAGGUCCGUAACAUCAAGCUGGGUGUUACAACUUUCUGGAGCAUGGAGAAGUUUGAAGACAAGCUGGCUGCAAUGAAAGAAGUCUAUGAGACAAAUAGCACCAACAAAUCUGAUGAAAUUUUUAAUGACCCCACUGAUGACUGGGAACCAGAUAUUUUAAAUGCAUCUGUUUCUUCCGUUUCGACAAAGAGGAGGAGUAGAAGUCUGAGGAAGAGCAAGAGGAUUUCUGGAUGUUUGUCGGAGGUAAAGAUGAGACUCGACAGCUCUUACUUACCAGGCUCAACAAAUAAACUGACCAGCUUGAGCUCAGAUGCACCUGAAUCAUUCCUUCCUACCAUUUGUAAGGAACUGAUUGGUUCGGCUUUGAAUGUGUUUGAACCUACUGAUGAAGAAGAGGAGAGCAUAGCGCAAAGUCUUUUGGAGACUAUGUUCACAAUUCAUACUGGAGUCAUUGCUCUGACAAAGGCUUAUGAGCAAGAUGAAGACAGUCAAGAGAACUUUUUUGUGACUGAUCAAGCUGCUCAGUCCUGCAGCAUCAUGAUUGUCUCAGCUUUCAAACAGAUUAUACUUCUAACCAAGCACUGGGGAAACUGUUUCAGAAAAAAUGAGGAAUUUGUAAACAUUUAUGAUGAAAUGAGAGAAGAUGUGAAACAUUUGGGAGGAUAUCUGCAGUUGCUUUUCCAGGGCAGCAGUUCAGAUUUGCCAUUAAUGGUAGCAGAGGCACAGAAGAAAAUAAAGGAGACUUUGAGAGAGAUGGUAAACUAUAUUGGGCACUUAGCAGCACUGUCUGGCUGUGGCUUGCAUUUUGGGGUGGAAAACAACAGAGAGGCAAGGGAUGCAAAGAAGCUAUUCAUGUCGGACAUCUGUGAUGGAAUGGAUGCAGGAUUGUCGUAUAUUUUAGAUUGUAUACUGAAGACAUCCAGAAUAAUGCAGAAGGAACUGUUAAAAUGGUAUCCACAAAAUGAGGUUCAGAAUUACAUAAAGGAGAAAGCUGUGGCAUUCGCUAAAUUCCUGGAGGAUAUAAUAUCAGAUUGUAAAAAGAGAGAAAUAACAAACCUAUUAAGGAGAGAAGAAUCCAUUGACCAGGAGUUAAAGAAAGCUUUAAAGCGAGCUGUCGAAUUCUUGGAAUUACAUCACUGUCUAGACCAAGUAUACCAGAUGGUUACUUCUUCAUUACAAGCUUCAUACAGAAAUGGAAAUCCACUCAGGUAUUUUGUAGAGAAGAUUUGCCACUUAGCUGGAAAUUUUAAUACCUUCUGCAUUCAACCUGCUUUGGCUACCGAUUCCGCAGACAAGCCUUUCCAAAGGAUUUCAGAGCUUCUUGUAAACCAAAGAGAAUUGGAUUCAGUAGCAAAGUCGCUUAUUAUAAGUUUUGAACUUGAACACAGACAGGAUGUAUUGAAACUUCAGGAUGGUUGUGUGCCACAUGUUCAGUUGGAUGGAAAACAACUCAAAAGAAGUGAUGCAACAGACUUUUGGGAAGAGAAGAAAAUGCCAAAAUGUGAACUGUGGUCUGUGCCCAAAAGUUUAGGACCAUCUUCACUCAGUGCAAUACACUGGGUAUAAAAUAUUGUUUAAUGUGGGAAAUAGGGCAUACUGUGAUGCUAGUAUCAGCUGUUGUGUUACUACCGUACAAGCAAAUAUCUUGGAAAGCUUGGGAAAGGGACAUGGUGCCAACUCAUAUACUUUCCCUAGUAAGAGUUACAGACUGAAAAUUGGGGAGGAUUCACAUAGUUCAAUGGUUGUUUAGAAGAAGGAAUUUCUUUUACAAGAUGUUGUUUCCAUUUGACCAGGUAGCAGACAGAACUUGCAGAAAAUCUCUCACCAACACCAUAAUUAAAAAUAUUGGUGCCAUCACGAGUUUUCACCCUGAAAACCCUAUUACCUAGCUAUGUCCUCCUGGUCAUAUGGCCUGAGUGCAUGUGAUUCUUCCAUCUUGCAUAUUAAGGCAUUCAUCAUGUGGAUCAAAUGCUCUCUUCAGUUACUUAAGUAAAGGUCUGAUUCAUAUUUAAGUGGGGGACUUGUUCCCUCCAAAGUGGAUAGGGUAUAUAUUAUCCUCUACAGCAAUGGUUCUCAACCUGUGGGUCCCCAAAUGUUUUGUCCUUCAACUCCCAGAAAUUUUAACAACUGGUAAACUGGCUGGGAUUUCUGGGAGUUGUAGGCCAAAACACCUGGGGACCCACAGGUUGAGAACCACUGGUCAACAGUGAAAAUGUGCUAUGAGGAUGAAUGGGUAGAUGGGAGUACCUCUUGUCUGUUCUUUGUACCAAGGAACAAGGACUUCAAAUUUUCAUAGACAGGAUAAUUUCCCACAGGAAUAAAAUGAGCUAAGGCACAUAUUUUAGAACAUGUAGAAAAUCCGAAAAUCCAGAGUUUACGUUAAUUUCUGCGCCAUUAAUAUAGUAAAUUAAUAUUGUAAGCACAAUUGUACAAUUGAAGGCGUUGCUGGUCACCUUUCUUAGCUGUUGGAUCGAUGGAUGUUCAGUGAAGUAGAUAGUGGCAGUAUUUAUUUCUUUUACCCAGGACAAAUCUAUUUAUUUUCCUUCCUUGCCCCAUCCAUCCUUUUUUUGAAAAAUUGUUUUUUUGGAUGUCAGUUUUCUAUUUUGAUAGCACUCCCCUCAGCUUGAGACAUGUUUUUGUAUGUCAUACGGAAGGCUGCAUUCGGAAGCCAGUGGAAAGCUUAUAUACCCUGCUGAUAUGUGAUUAAACUAAGCAUUAAAAAAAGUAAAUUACAGUAAAGGGUAAAUCUUAAAUGGUACUUCUUACCAUCUUAGAACCUGCUAUUUACAUUUUUGAAGGAAAAAAGACUGUUUUUGCAUAGCAUAUUCUUUAGCUUGCAUUUGAGUAAAUAUCCUUCCCUUGUUUUGUAAGGAAAUUCUACUUUACCAUUUUUUGAAGUGGGGGGAGCUUUACUUCUUUCUAGCACUGUGUUUUAAAACAAUUAUGGCUUGCCCAAGUUGUUCAGAUAACUUUUUAUUAAAUGAUGUAAUUUUCACACAGUUAGAAAGAUUGCUUGUUUUGGAGUACAUUUUGCAAACUUACACUAGCUCAGGGUUUCUGGGAAUCAUAGCCAUAUAAAUUUCCGUAAGACCUGUGUACACAGUCCAACAUUCAGCGGAAAGCUUAAAAUGACUGAAUGAUAAUCCAUUGGAAGACUUGAAAUGAUCCCUGGCCAUACAGAAUUUUUGAUUUAAAAAAAAAGAAAACAAAAAUUAAUAAUACAAAGGCUUUUAUAUUUUUGUAACAACAUCCGAUUUGAUAGAAGCUUGAGAAUGUAAUUGUGCAUAUAAUCAUGUGUUGUCUGUGCAUGUGUGUUGAUAUUAUAUGUAUAUAUAAUGCUUGUGAAAAUGUGACAAUAUAGUUUGUACAGGUAGCUUUAGAAAAAUGCAAUAUAAUUUUAUUGUAAGUCCUAAAGCCUGUAAAUAGAGCAAGCAUUUAAAAAACCUAUAUUAAAGUAUUCUGGAUCUUAGAGCAUGUAUAUCUUAAGAUGUUUUUGUUAAUUUAUCUUUUCCUGUUCUUUUUGUAUUUUGUAUUGAUUUUGUAUAUAUAAUUAAAAAAAUUAUAGGUCA